UCAAGGGUCAUCCGUAAACAGGAAUAGAUUCAGCAUUUCUUGAUAGGCCGCCACGCGGUCCAUAAGCAUGGCUCGACUAACGAGUCUCAAGUUUUUCGGUGUGAUUCUGGUGUUUUUCCACAGUUUUCCCGCAUUCCAGCAGAAAGGCGUCGAGAACAUCAUCACCAAAUUGAGCACAAGUUUUUCUACGACCGAAGCUCCUACAAAGUCUAGAACACUUUUGGACUACCAAACGCACGCUAUAGCAUAUAAAGAUCUCAUAGAAUCCAAAUGCAUCAUAGAAGUAUUCACAAGAGGUGACAGCCUCAUAACAAAGUGGAUGGCCGGCGGAAAGAAGAUACCAAAAGACUUCCUACACAACGAGCUAUUGUCAAAGCGUCAGAUAUGGCAGUUAGCAGGAGAAAGAAUAUCAGAAUUCUGCAGGGGAUUUCCGACAUAUCUGGUCAAAAACGACGAAAGUCGCGAUCUACCAAACGAUGAGAACAAUAUCAUCAAGAGGUUAAGGAGAUCUACGAAUCACUUUUUCAGAGGAAGAGUGAGAGGACAGACUCAGUCCCAGUACCUCAGUUUCGGUAAAUCUGACGAAUCCGGAAAGGCGGAAGCAGAAUCUACGGAUGAAGGAUCAAAAGCAGUCGUCAGUGGUAGCAAUGGUAUGGGUCAGGCGCAGAGUCAAAGCAUUCCAUUUGGUUGUGAUGAAUGUUUUGGCGCAGGAGGUUAUGAUCAAGAACAAUCCGUAUUUAUGGGAAGGCAACCGGGACAAUACACAGAACCGAUAAAAGUAGCGCCUGGUCAAGUUGGAGGACCGGGACAAAUUGGAAGACCUGGCCAAGUUGAGGGAUGGCCCGGACAAACUGGAGGGCCCGGUCAAAUUGGUGGUCCAGGACAAAUUGGAAGACCAGGGCAAAUUGGUGGACCGGGACAAAUAGGAGGACCAGGACAAGUCGAAGGUUGGCCUACACAAGUUGAAGGGUGGUCAGGGCAAGCUGGAGGACCGGGGCAAGUAGGAGGGCCAGGUCAAGUAAUAGGCCCUGGGCAAGUGGGAGGACCAGGACAAGUGAUAGAGCCAGGACAAGUUGGAGGUUGGCCAGGUCAAAUUGGAGCCCCAGGACAAGUAAUAGGGCCAAGGCAACCAAGUGGACCAGGUCAAGAAUUAAGACCAGGACAAGUUGGAGGUUGGCCAGGUCAAAUCGGAGCACCUGGACAAACCCUGAGACCAGGACAAAUAGGUGUACCAGGUCACGUAGUUGGACCAGAACAAGUAGGAAGUACAGGACAAAUAAGUGGGCCAGGACAAGUAAGUAGACCAGGUCAAGUUGGAGGCUAUCCAGGACAAGUUGAAGGUCCCGGACCAGGACAGGGUCCACUACCAGGAAAAGUCACUGGACCUGGACAAAUUGGUACACCCGGACAAGUCGUUGGUGAACCAGGACAAGUGGGAGGAUGGCCAGGACAAAUAGGUGGUCCAGGACAAGUUGGCGGAUGGCCGGGUCAAAUUGAAGUGCCCAGGCAAGGUGCAGGGCCAGGUCAAAUUGGAGUGCCGGGACAAAUUCUAGGGCCAGGUCAGUUUGGAGCGCCAGGUCAAAUUGGAGGACCAGGUCAAAUUGGUGGACCAGGUCAAAUUGAAGGACCAGCUCAAAUCGGUGGACCAGGUCAAAUUGGAGGAGCAGGACAAAUUCUAGCUCCAGGUCAAAUUGGAGGGCCAGGACAAAUGGGAGGGCCAAGUCAAGUUGGAGGGUCAGGCCAAAUUCUAGGGCCAGGUCAGAUUGGAGGUCCCGGUGAAAUUAGAGGUCCAGGUCAAAUUGGAGAGCCAGGACAAAUCAUAGCUCCAGGCCAAAUUCGAGGGCCAGGACAAAUGGGAGGGCCAGGUCAAGUUGGAGGGCCUGGUCAAGUUGUAGGGCCUGGUCAAGUUGGAGGACCAGGUCAAAUUGGUGGAUGGCCAGCUGGAGGGUCUGGUGGUUGGCCCAACGGUCCAGGGCAGAUCGGUGGUUGGCCUGGAAAAGAUUCUGGAACAUUUGGUGGUCACCUUCGAGGUGAAUAUCAAAGUAAUCAAGGUCAUUCUGGGAGGUUUUCCGGACAAUUUUCAGGCCAAUAUGAAUCGAACAGAUAUGCAUCAGGUCCUCAAGGUCCACCACGACCUGGUGAACCUAGUUACGGAACAACAGGAGGUUGGUCAGGUCAAGGUGUUACUUCUCCAGGACGAACUGAUGGUUGGCCAGGCCAGAGUGGUCAACCUAUUCAAACUGGUAGGUGGCCGGGUCAACUUUUGAGGCCGGGACAAGUAGGGGCAGGUCAGGGUGGUCAACCAGAUCAAUCUGGGGGGUGGCCAGGUCAAGUUGUAAGGCCAAGUCAAGUAGGAGGGCCGGGACAAGUAGGAGGUUGGCCAAGUCAAGUCGGGGGUCCAGGGCAAAUAGGAGGUUGGCCGGGUCAAGUCGGAGGACCAGGACAAGUAGUAGGGCCAGGGCAAGUUGGAGGUUGGCCUGGUCGAGUCGGAGGAACAGGGCAAGUAGCAGGGCCAGGGCAAGUUGGAAGACUAGGACAAGUAGCAGGGCCAGGGCAAGUAGGAGGACCAGGACAAGUAGUUGGGCCAGGGCAAGUUGGAGGUUGGCCUGGUCGAGUCGGAGGAACAGGACAAGUAGCAGGGCCAGCGCAAGUAGGAGGUUGGCCAGGGCAAGUAGGAGGUUGGCCAGGGCAAGUAGGAGGUUGGCCAGGUCAAGUCGGAGGACCAGGAGAAGUAGGAGGACCAGGUCAAAUAGGGGGUUGGCCAGGUCGAGUCGGAGUACCAGGACAAGUAGUAGGUUGGCCAGGUCAAGUCGGAGGACCCACACAAGUUGGUGGACCAGGACAAAUUAGCGGGCCAGUUCCAAUUGCAAUACCAGGAAAAAUAGGAGUGCCAGGGCAAGUUGAAGGUUGGCCAGGGCAGGUCGGUGGUGCAGGUCAGGUCGUUGGUCCAGGUCAAGUCGGUGUUUGGCCUGGUCAAGUUGGUGGCUGGCCUGGUCAAGUUGGUGGUUUGCCAGGCCAAGUACAAGGGCCAGGACAGGUUGGAGAACCGGGACAAAUAAGAGGACCAGGACAAAUUGGUGGACCAGGUCAAAUUUCAAGACCAGGUCAAGUUGGUGGAUGGCCAGGUCAAGUUGGCGGGCCUGGACAAGUUGAAGGUUGGCCAGGACAAGUUGCUGGUUGGCCAGGUCAAGUCCAAGGUCCAGGACAGGUAGGAGGAACGGGACAAUUAGGACCUGGACAAAUUGGUGGGCCAGGUCAAACUUCAAGACCAGGUCAAGUUGGUGGAUGGCCCGGUCAAGUUGGUGGGCCUGGACAAGUAGGACCAGGACAAAUAGGGGGGCCCGGUCAAGUUGGAGGUUAUCCAGGUCAAGUUGGGCCUGGACAAGUAGGACCAGGACAAACAGGGGGGCCGGGUCAAGUUGGAGGUUAUCCAGGUCAGAUUGGAGGGCCUGGACAGGCCGGACCUGCUCAAUACAUUGAUGGACGAUUCCCUGGAAUGGCCUCUGAUGAUUCAGACUCCCAGGUCCAAACAUCCGUUCAACAAACAGACAAUGGCACUUUAGCUUCAGGUCAAGCUCAAGGUACCUAUGGUGGUGGCACUGCACAGUCUCAAGUUUCUGGAACAUAUUCUGGUUCAGGUUCCUUCAGUGCUUCUGCAGGUUCUGACGAUGGUAAAAGAGGAGCGCAAACUCAGGUGCAGGGUGGAAAGGAAGGCGCUCAGAGUUCAGCUCAAGGUAGAGGCGGUUUAGGACAAUCACAGUCUCAAGUAAUAUUAUCGCUUGAAACUGGACAUACCUCGUCGAGUGCGCAAAGCGGAGGAUCUACUCAUGGGACACAGACUCAGGUUCAAGCUUCUGAAAAAGGCGGCAUGGCAGAUGCCCAAGCCAACGGGCCUGGAAGCACCUCGUCCCAAGCUCAGAUUGGAUUUCUUCCGUAUGACGAAAACGAUACUGAUAACGGAACGGGCCCAUUUAGAGGUGGUGGUACGGCAGGUGCCCAGGGUGGUACAUACACCGGAAUGACCCAAGCUCAGAUACAAGGAAAGUUCCGAUAUGGAGUAAAGUAUAUUGGAGCCGCCCAAGCUGCUUCUGGGAGGACAUUCAAUACGGCAAACUCCCCCAAAGGCCCUUUCAAACCAAGAAAUAUAACUUUCAAUGAAGACUCGGCUCCAGUACCACAAAUUCCUUCGGUGGAAACGUCUAGAAAAAAUAUCAAUAAUACUGUCACUCCGAAAGUGGCCUCCAAAAAUACGAGCAUUUCAAAUAGCCCUCCUGCUAAACAAUUGGAAAUUGAUGGUCAGGAGAAUAAAGAGUAUGAUGACGAGUACUACGAUGAAGAUUAUGACGGUGAAACUGAAAAACCAGCCACAAAGAGUAUAAUAACGCAACGGGAUCACAAUCAGAGACAGCAUAUCGUGCUAGAUCCUCUAGAAGACCUAGAUGUAACCGUACACCAAAGUAAAGGGGACUUUCCUAGUGAAGGGGCGGUUAUACAACCGGGAGAAACAGUUCCUGGAACAUCUGGGUAUAAGAUUCCUCUCGGUUUCAGAGGUACUGUUAAAUCCAUAGCAGAUGGUGCCAACACUUACACUGUAGGGAAGCAUUCACAAGCUCAAAGUGCUAGUUUAUCGCCAGGUACUGGGAAAGUCAUUUAUAAGAAGCCUUUCUACGCGGUGACGUCGAAUACUCAUCUCAGGAAUGGACAAUAUGGCUAUGGGGCGGGAUAUACCUAUCAGCCAGCAUAUUCACCCGUCAGGUAUCAGCUGAAAAAUGGCAAAGCCUUGCCCAAUUUUGUAUCUGUGACAAGAUCUGAGACGGGUUCGAAGAAUCUGUACACUGGAAAGAAAACUCCUAGUGUAUACUAUACCCAGUCAUCCACUUGUGGUAUUUUCACGAAUCAAUGUGUGUUCAACUCGGGAAAAAAAUUGUGUUUCCCUAAAUUGAAAACGAAUCCAGAUGGCACAAUUAUGGGAUGCUAAAAUGUAUUACUAGUUAGAACUUAAGAUAGAUGUAAGCGAUUUGUAUAAAAUUAUUUUGUAAGUAAAA